AUGAGGAACAAUCAGGUGCGUUUGAACUGUGGAAUAACAAUGCCUGUCAUUGGACUAGGCACUUAUUCCUCCCAAAAUGAUAGGGAGACAACAGAAUUAGCCAUUCAUAUGGCCCUCAAGUUGGGUUACAGGCAUUUUGAUACAGCAAAAAUAUAUGGGUCCGAGCCAGCAGUGGGAAAUGCUUUAAGAAAGGCAAUUCUUGAUAAGACAAUAGAAAGAGAAGACGUUUUUGUUACAUCUAAACUCUGGGGGAGUGAUCACCAUGAUCCUGUUUCAGCACUCAAGCAAACUCUACAGAACUUGGGAAUGGAAUAUUUGGACUUGUACCUAGUGCACUGGCCAGUUAAGUUGAAGCCAUGGGCUUGUGAUUCAGUUCCAAAAGAAGAGGACUUUGAAAAACUAGACCUUGAGUCCACCUGGGCUGGAAUGGAGAAGUGCAUGGAGAUGGGGUUGUGUAGGUGCAUUGGUGUGAGCAAUUUCUCUAGCAAGAAGAUCGAACGACUGGUAGAUUUUGCUUCAGUGUCUCCAGCCGUCAAUCAGGUGGAAAUGCACCCAAUGUGGAGGCAAAGCAAGCUCAGAGAGACCUGUGCAGACUACAAAAUUCAUGUAAGUGCCUACUCACCACUAGGUGCACCCGGAAAUGCAUGGGGAUCAACAGCUGUGAUAGAUAGCCCAAUCAUCAAAUCCAUUGCUCUCAAACACAAGGCAACCUCAGCUCAGGUUGCUCUACAAUGGGGAAUAUCGAAAGGAUCAAGCGUGAUAGUCAAGAGCUUUAAUAAAGAUAGGAUGAAGGAGAACAUGGGGUCCUUUGAUUUGAAGUUGGAUGACCAAGAUUUCCUUGAGAUUGACAAUUUGGAGCAGAGCAAGACCAUGAGAGGGGAUUUUCUUGUUAACCAAACAACAAGCCCAUACAAGACACUUCAUGAUUUGUGGGAUGAAGAUAUUUAACCAUAACUACAAUGCUGUACCU